UCCCACGUUCUGUCAUGAGAAUCACUGAAGGUCAUCUUCCUUUGUUUACCUGACAGUUUGGUAAAAUGAAAUGUUUAGAAAAAAACUCAUUCAAUGGUUCAAGCAUUUCUAGUAACACCAAUGGAAAGUAGGAUUGUGACUGACAAAUUGCGUAGCAGCUAAUAUAAAAACAACAACAAGGCUAAUGAGUGGUAAAGCAAAGCUUCAGUUUGCUUGGGAACAUAAAGUUUGGACGAAUAAGUCCGGCAGGAUUUAAUGUUUUCUAUAGCGACUGGCAUGUCAAUGUAAGAAGAGGGGCAAUUGAAAUGAGGCAAACAUUAAACUGCUUGUCCACUAACUAAGGUCCGAUGACAAAGUGAAGUAUGAAGAUUUUUCCACUUGUGUGUUUCCCCCCUUGUCUAAUGGCACAUGCUAGAUCACCAGGUAGUACACACAGAUGAUGACAGUAAUAUGGUAUUUUGUUUGUGUCAAGAUGUCGUCCUUAGCAGUGACUAAUUGGCCGAAGCCUAUCCCUCUGAUUCCCUGUCUGUCAUGGUCCACUGCCUCGAGUGUCUUCACCACGGGUGUGCUAAGUAAAGCAGUGAAUUGGUCGGAGCUGGAGAAGCAAUAUGCUAUCAAUUCAGUGUAUGAAGAAGAGAUCAUUAAGCUGUUGGAGUAUUGUGGGGCUGACUCCUUCAAGGUGGCUCAAAGGUUUGCCAAACAUUCUUUAGAGCAUGUACUAGACCAGCCUAGAGAGGACAACUUGUCAGUGGGCUGCUACUCCAGCGCAGGGGCAAAGGCAGGAAUUGGGCCUGGCCUGUGGAUCAGAGACGGAGUUGCUGGGCACCCUUUAGACACAUUGUCAGUGGACAACACCAAGACAGGUUUAGACCCUUUACCAAGUGACUUCCAAGCAAACAAAUCACUGAUUGGGAACAAGGCGGAUUCAGCCCCAAUUGGUCGGCCAUCAUUACACAGUGAGUCGAUAAGCUUCAUGAAGGGAGUGAUGGACGAGUGUACACACAUGGCCAACUUCUCCGUCCCCGUUGACACCAGUCUUAUCGUCGUGGUUCAGGCCAAAGAGGACGCCUAUAUCCCUCGGACAGGGGUCCUCAGUCUACAGGAGAUCUGGCCUGGAUGUGAAGUUCGUUAUCUGAAUGGAGGACAUAUCAGUGCUUAUCUUUUUAAACAGAACGUCUUCAGACAGGCCAUCUAUGAUGCGUUCAACAGAUUCUGCCUGAAGUAUCCCCACCUUGUGUAGCCAUGGAAACCCUAAAGGCCCUUAGCCCUGUAACAGUAGCUUGCACUGUGCUGGGUGUGUGUUUGCGUGAAUUUUUUUCCUCCUUGUAUACAGUACACAAUACAGUUCUUCCAAACCGUCCACUUGCAACUUCUCUCUCAGCCUUGCUUUUUGGUUUGUCAAGUGAUUGUGGCUAUUUGUGGCUUCCCUAAAAGUGAAAUAAUUUGCCUAUGUGAAUCUUUUAAAGCAUUUUAGACUGAAUAUGACUUACUGAAUCAUGUUUCUUUUUAAUUAUGGUGUUAUGUGCAACCUAAUAGAGCAUCUGAUGAGGAUGUUUUUUUUGUUGUUGUACACCUUCUUCUUGUUUUGUACCCCAUUUGUAAUCACACCUAUUUACAAGGCUGCUACCCACAUGGUCUAUAUUUACACAUCAGUCCCUAAUGUUAAAAGCAAGCCGCACAUGAAAUUACACUUCAUGGGAAAAAGUAACCUACAGAAACAGAAAUAUUGGUCGUUUAAAGUUAUAAUACAUAUGGAAUUCCCCAAAUGUACAAGUGUGUAUUUUGUUUUGGUAUCGUUGAUCCAUGAAAUGCUUUGCUUUCUUUUUCACUUAGAUUUUUCCAAAAUAUUUUAAGACAUUUCUAUCAGUCUAGCUUUUAAACAGCUUGGGUGUACUUAUUGCCCGAAGACAGCUGGUAUAGGCGCCAGCACAUCAGCGACCCUCGUGAGGAUCAAAGUCAGUUUUAUUGUCAAUU